AUGGAUUCCAAAGCGCCCGUCUCCUCGAACAAGCACCGCGGCUAUGCCACGAGUCACGAUUGGGCCCAAAAUCGAGCCCGGAUCACGCAACUAUACCAAGAUGAGUCCCGGCCCCUGCGCGAGGUCAUGGAUAUCAUGGCCAAUAAGUACAACUUCAAUGCCACGGAGAGGAUGUACAAAAAGCGCAUCGGUGACUGGGGCAUUGACAAGAAACUCAAGGAGGAUGACCUGCUGCAGAUCCUGCGCAUCUUGGCAUUGAGGUCACACUUGGUCGGUAAUUCGGACGACCUGGUCUUUUUCGUACGCGGCAGACGUCUCGUGGACACCCGACUUCUCAGGUCAAUCAGUCGCCGGUCCAAGGCCUUGAAGCGAUUCCAUGCUGGCGAAAUGCCCUGCCCGGAAUCCAUAAAGGCCGUGCAAUACCAGAAACUGGGACCGGCUUGCGGAAACACCGCGUUCGCCCAAGAUGACCGAUCCGAGAGCGUCGAAAAACUUUUCCGACUUAUCCGACAUUGCGUGCUGAGUUCCAUUGACUCGCAGACCUGGAUGUUUGAUGAUACUGCUUGCUGGUCGGCAAGUUCCACGGCGACGGAGCAGCUCGAACUCCACGACGGCUGGCAUUUGCCGUUCUUUUCUCUUGCCUCAUACCUCCAGGGCGAUCUGAAUGCGGACGCCAUUGGCAAGGAACUGAGCACCUUGUUUGAUUUUCUGCCCCAAAUAAUCAAGGCUCAGCCUCCAUUUUUCCUCCCUUGUCUUCUGGGGAUGCUGCUGCGCCUGCAUCAACUCAAGCAAGCCUAUCUUAUUGACAUUAUGAUGAGGCAUAUUUCGCAGCUCAGCUGCAUAUACUUGGGCCCGCAUCAUCCGCUCUUCUGCGUGAUCAAGCACCUAAGGUCCUUGAGCCGUGGUAUAGAAGACGAUUUUUACUGGUACGAACAGUCGCUACUAACGCUGACAGAUCAGUUCGAGACCCAAAUCGGGCUGGAGAACAACAUCACCAUUUUGACGGCGACCGCGUACCUUGCCGCGCUGUGUAUGAACGGAGGCAUAACCCUUGACUGGUUGAAGCUCACCGGGAAAUACACAUUCAAACUGGCUGACUACACCACGCGGCUCGAUACGUGGGACGACCUCGAAGUCAGCCAGAGCCGCUGGAACCUGGAUUGUUUCAGCAGGAACCCGACUGCCGUCCAGGCGCGCAGGUUGCUGUUGCCAGUGCUGUUCGAGGGCUCAAGGUAUCGGUCGAAUCUCACGGACACGGGUGUCGCUUUUCAAGAGAGUCAGAUCACGGCAAUGGAUCUCGCUAGGAGGCACUUCAAGUAUCAUCUGGCGCAUGCGACUUUAUCGGCGGGGAAUUGGUCCCUCUUUCAGGACUUCUGCGCACUGCUACCGGAAUCCGCGCCGCUUCUCGGUACGAAUAGGAGUUCAGCAGUUCGAAAGUGA